GCAGCUAAAAAUCCUUAGUCCCUCUAGAACUACAUAUCCCUAGAAGCUCCAACAGUACUCUUUUGCCAGAGAUGCGUGGUAAAUGUAGUCAUUUAAUAAUAAAAACGCCAUAAUUUUCCCGCAAGAAGACCCUCCUCCUGAGAGUGACCACAGAAUAAUCACAGGGAGCCUAUAAACCGCUGGCAGCACUUAAGGUGACACACAUCCCCAUUCACAUAAACCGCUGCUGUUUGGAUCCUCGCUCAGACUCGAGGAAUAACCUGGAGACGUUCACAGGACGCAGACAUGGAAAAAGAUGCGAGACCCAACUGGGACAGCCCCAUGCAGUUUGUUCUGGCGUGUGUGUCUUAUGCAGUCGGACUUGGAAACGUAUGGCGAUUUCCUUACCUUUGUCAAAUGCACGGUGGGGGGGGUUUCUUGAUUCCAUAUUUCAUCAUGCUGCUUGUAGAGGGAGUGCCCUUGUUCUACAUGGAGCUUGCCAUUGGUCAGAAGAUGCGUUUAGGUAGCAUUGGGGCAUGGACUGCAAUCAGCCCUUAUUUGGGAGGAGUGGGUCUUGCUAGUGUUGUGACAUCUCUGUAUCUGUGUCUCUAUUACAACAUCAUCAAUGCAUGGAGUUUCUGGUAUCUCUUUCAUUCAUUUCAAUCAGUCCUGCCCUGGGCAGUUUGCCCCAUAAACGCCAACCGUACAGCACCUAUAGAAGAAUGUGAAAGGGCUUCACCCACCCAGUACUUCUUCUACAGGGAAACACUGAACAUCUCUUCCACUAUUGAAGAGAAUGGAGGCAUUCAUACAGGCCAGGCUUUGUGCUUCCUGCUUACUUGGGUGAUUACCUACCUGUGCGUUGUCCGAGGAGUACAGUCAACUGGAAAGGUGGUGUACUUCACAGCCACGUUUCCAUAUGUGGUCCUCUUUAUCUACCUGAUCCGGGGCUUCACUCUUCAUGGUGCCGUCAACGGUGUCAAAUACAUGUUCACACCCAAGAUGGAUCAGCUUGCGAACCCGACCACGUGGAUCAAUGCGGCCACUCAGAUCUUUUUCUCUCUGGGUUUGGGUUUUGGGUCACUCAUAGCUUUUUCCAGCUAUAACCAGUACAACAACAACUUUGAGCGCCAGGCCAUCACCGUCUCUCUUAUCAAUAGCGGGACCUCCAUCUUUGCAAGCAUUGUCACUUUUGCCAUCUAUGGGUUCAAGGCCACCAUCAACUAUGAGAACUGCCUGGAGAGGACACGGAUUCUGCUGUUGAAUACGUUUAAUCUAGCAGAGGACACCAUCAAUAUGGAUAAUGUCUUUGAGUGGAUUGAGAAGCUGAAUGCAACAUACCCAGAGCAAUUUAAUGAAAUUGCCAAUGACACUGGAAACUGUGACCUGGAGAAAGAACUAGCGACCGCUGUAGAGGGACCAGGCCUGGCAUUCAUCGUGUAUAGUGAAGCCAUUACAAACAUGCCAUUGUCUCAGCUGUGGUCAGUGUUGUACUUCAUCAUGCUCCUGCUGUUAGGAGUUGGCAGCAUGCUGGGUAACAUCACAGCCAUCAUCACCCCACUGCAAGACUUCAAGGCUGCGUCCCGCAUAAGCAGCGAGUUAUUUAACGGUUUAGUGUGUUUGUUCUGUCUGCUGCUUGGCCUGGGCUUCACCACCACAUCAGGGAAUUACUGGUUCACCAUCUUCAAUGACUACGGAGCCACUUUCUCCCUGCUGUUCAUCGUCCUCAUCGAGGUCAUAACUGUCAGUUACAUCUAUGGAAUUAAAAGGUUUGAAAAAGACAUAGAAGACAUGCUUGGUCAUCGCCCCAACUGGUAUUGGAAGAUCAUGUGGGUAGCAAUCAGUCCCCUUCUCCUUAUCGUCCUCUUUGUCUUCUACAUUGUCAACUAUAUCAUGGGAGGAACACCUACAUACCAAGCAUGGGACAAAGAGGAGGGAAAAUCAGUGCUCACAGAGUAUCCUGUCUUUGGUCAAGUCUUCAUUGCACUGCUGCUGGUGUCUUCAGUCAGCUGUGUUCCCCUCACAGCUCUGUACGUCUUCUGUAGAAAGAGGAAACAUGGAAAAGCUCACAAGCAGCAGCAUGCUCUGAAUGCAGUGUCUGCUUAGUGGCCAGACUGUGACAGGGACUAAACCUCGGUCCUCCAGCAAGAGACUGUCAUCCAUCACCUCUUACAAGGAAGGACGGUGGCAUAUGAUAAGCAGUUUUUAAUUUCAUCACAAUUUAUACGAGCAAGAGCAUUUUUGAGCUGCUCUGCCCUCAAGAGAAGGUAUUUACAUCCUCUAUCUUCUUUCACGCUUAUAAACAGUGCAGUCUUGAUAGAGAAGCACAAUUGGAGAUAUGGGCAGAUAAAAUCCAGAUUUCAAUUUUUGCUUUUAAAAAUCUUUUUUUGUACAAUUUCUCUCAGGAUUAAAGUCAAACCUCUGAGCCAGAUUCCACCCAAUGAUCGAUGCACUCAAAAAGCUAUACGUUCAUCUCAUACCACACUGGGGGAGAAAAUAAUCUUCACUUAGUUUCAGGUGAUAAUUUCCACAGCUUAACUAUGUAAUAUGUUGUUAGUCAUAUUAUUAGUGCAGAUAUAGUUUGCAUAAUUGUCAGACUUCUAAUCAUGUAUGGCUGAAAUUCAGAAUUUCAUAUGACUUUAGUUUACUGAAUGGUAGUAUGGUAACAUGAUGACUAUAAGUAGCACUGCAAUUUACUCAAUUAAUCAUAAAAUCUAGUGUCUGAAUAUGUUACCCUUCAUAUCUUAUAUGCUGCAGAUGUUUAAGUAUGCUAUUUCAUAUUUAGCCUUAAGUAUUAAUUCCUCUUAGUAAUGGGCUAAACCAGUUCAGGCUCAAGUUAUGUCAACUUUAUUUGUAGAAAUACAAAAUCCCACAAUGGGAUUAUAGUUUAGUACUGAUUAUAGAGGGGGGCUGCACAGUGGCUUGGUGGUUAGCACUGUCGCUGUGCAGCUACAAGAUCCUCGGUUCACGUUCCGGACUUCCUGGGAUCUUUCUGCAUGGAGUUUGCAUGUUCUCCCUGUGCAUGCGUGGGUUCUCAACGGGUACUCCGAACAUGUUGAGGUUGUGUGAAUAGGUGUGAAUGUGAGUCUGAUUGUUUGUCUCUAUGUGUAGCCCUGUGAUAGACUGUCCCCUGCCUUCACCCACAGUCAGCUGGUAUAGACUCCAGCUCCCCCACAUGACCCUAAUGAGGAUUAAGUGUAUAGAUAAUGGAUGGAUGGAUGAUUAUAGAGGGUCUUAUGUGUCACACCAGUUGCUGCCGUUUUUACUGAUUCAGGAGCUUUCUUUAAUUGAGUGUUACUGUUUAAAACAUGAGCAAAGGGGAAGUUUGACAAAAACACGCUGGAUUGUAGGAAAUUUACAUCCUAACUAUUGUAGCUUCUGAUUUAAUCCUGGAAACUGCUGACUAAACAUAUGACAUAACAUUGACCGAUUUGAGUUGUGUUCUGAUAAGGGUGUUGAUGAUUCAACAGUAUAAUUGUACCUGCUUACCAGAUACCUUAAUUGUAUUGGGGCACCUGGUAAGCACAUUUGUUUGCAUGUUCUUGGUUAAGAAGGUGUACAAAUGAUCUAUUUCUCCAAGGUAUUAAGUAUAUUCUGAUAACAAGUGUAACAUCUGUUUUAAAAGGGCUGGCAUCUGCUAUCAUACCAUCAUUUGCUUUGUACACCCAAAAAUAUGUAAAAAUGUGUAUAUAUUGUAGAUAUGUGUCAUACAGUGGCCUAAUAAUGGAAUGCUCAAAAAAUGGAAUGUCUUUCCUUUGAUGUGUCAGUAACCAAAUAAGAUUUUAGUAAAUACAUUAGUGAAUGAAUUUCCAUUUAAAAAAAAAGCUUAAUUUCAAUUCUCUUUUACCUGUAAUAUCUCAUGAGUUUGUAAACGUUCACAUUUAUGGGGACCAGCUUUUUAUUAAACAAGUGUGAUGUGAUGUUGGUAAUAAUAAAUGUGCCCGUGUGUGUGUUA